AUGUCUUUCUUUCAUUGUAGCCAAGUUUUUAGUAGAGGAAAUGGAAAAGUACGGAACCAUUCAUAUCUAAUCUACCUCUCCUGAUGUGCUGUGGAAAGAGGUCAAAGCACCAAAGAAGGAAGCUUAUUUGAAGAUACAAAGAAACACCUGUGAACUGUAAGUUACUCAAGAAAAUACAAUCAAGAAGAGGAAUGGAAAACGGAACAGUUAAUGGAGAAAUGGCUUUUAAGAAAAGUGAUACAUUCCGUAUUUCUAGAGAUAUAUCAGAUAAAGAAAAAGCAACAAUUGCUAGAAGAAAAACUGAAGUGUACAAUUGUCUUCAGAAGUUUGGGAUGAAUUGCACUAUGAGUAGUCUCCCCAGUAUUGCUAUAUUAGGUUCAGGUGGUGGUCUGAGAGCCAUGAUUGCACUUCAGGGUGUUCUGGCGGAACUUCAGAAACAAGGUUUAUUGGAUGCUGUCACGUAUCUCUGUGGAGUAUCUGGUUCUACUUGGUGUAUGUCAUAUAUCUAUGAGCAUGAGGAGUGGGUGACACAGCUUCCCAAUUUGGAAAAGAAGUUGUGUGAACAACUUACAAACACAGCCUGGAGUGCCAAGAAAGCUUUUGAUGCCUUGGUAGAACCAAGUAAAGAUGAUACAUACUCCUUGACUGAUUUUUGGGGUAACGUUAUUGUGAAUGCAAUGUUACAUGAGCUGGAUUAUCAUUAUUUUUCUGAAGAAAGGAGAGUUUCAUCUUAUGGGAAAGUGCCUUACCCCAUCUAUGCAGCAGUAGAUUCAAACAAAUUAGCUAAUAAUUCUAAAACUCAUCCAGAUAUAUGGUUUGAGUUUACUCCUGAUGAAGCGGGAUUCAUUCAUCGUGGAGCAUUUGUGGAUAUGAGGUUGUUUGGAAGUGUAUUUGAGAAUGGCAAACUAAAAGAAAUUAAGGAAGAAAAAAGCAUUUCCUAUUUGAGAGGUUUGUGGGGAAGUGCCAUUGCAAGUUUCAAAGCUAUAGAAGAUUUUAUUAAACAUCUGAUUUUUGAAAUUAAAAAUUUGGCUUUCGUAUAUGAAGAAUUAGUGGGAGAAGAUGUGAGAGAAGUAGAAAAGGAAGUAGAAAAUGUUAGGUGUCCUAAACCAGAAGAACCACAAGGUUCUGGAUGUGACUGUCAUUCUAUUUCAGCUGUAACUAACCACCUGAUGAAUGCCAUAGAAAAGAAGUCACAUGAACAAUAUGAUGAACACAUUAGAAAGUUGACGAAGUUUCUAGAAGCUGAGAGAUUCCAACACAUCAUCCACAACGAAACAAAAAGAAGCAUUUGGGAUACACUGAGAAUUCUGAGAAAAACCGUGUCUUGUCUUUUCGAAUGGAAAUGGGGGACCAUCUCUAACUAUCUCUAUAAAUGCACUGAACUUAAUGACAAGGAUUUGGAAAGACAUGAGGACAUUAAGCUGGUUGACGCUGGUCUUGCUAUCAAUUCUGCUUACCCACUUGUCUUGCGUCCAGAGAGAGGGGUGAAACUCAUUCUCUCCUUUGACUUCAGUGAGGGAGAUCCUUUCGAGACUGUCAAGGAUGCAGCCUUGUAUUGUAAGGAAAGUCAACUUCCCUUCCCCAAUAUUAAUGUCUCAGAGCUGGAAAAGAGUAAAGACAACCCUUCUGAUUGCUACAUCUUCCAAGGCAACAAUGCCCCAGUUGUCAUGCACUUCCCACUCUUCAAUACAGGGAACUGCAGAGAUAAAGUGGAAGAUUGGAGAGAAAGAUAUUCCACCGUUAAACUUUCUUAUACGGAAGAGGAUAUCAAAGAUCUACUGGAAGUAGCAAAAACAAAUGUGAGGAACAACACCAAAAGAAUCUUGCAGGCGAUGAAAAAUCUCAAUAAUAUUUUAUCUCAUAGUUAGGUCAUGAGAUUCUGGCCAACAUUUUCUUAAGCCUUUUGUAAGCUCUGCUCAAUGUUAUUUGCCAUGCUAUUCCUUUUUCCACUUGUGGGAUGGGUGAAAACUUACAUUUGGCAGGUCCAUACUUUUAAAAAAAUCAUCCGAGACUUUUAAUCAUGAGCCCAUAAUUUUUAUAACAUUUGUCCUAAGUAUGACUAAAACUGGAUACAAUCUCUUGUCUCCAAAUGUUUUAAGAAAAGUCUACAUUUUCUCUUAAACCAUUUUCAAAGAAUAGCCAGAAUUCAUUGGAGACCUCUAUUUCAUAUGUUAACUGUGGAAAAUAGAACGGAGCAGUUCCACAAUGUCCAUAUUUAUUGAGACACUACUGUUAUGCCAGUAUUUGUAAAGUUCAUGUGAGAAAUCCAUGCAAAAGAAGUUUGGAACUCCAUAAAUAACCAACAAUUUAUGCAUUUGAUUGUUAUCUCUCUAUCUCUCUCUAUCCCGCCUGCCUCUCCGCUAGACAGUAUUUGAGUGUAUAGAUCAGAUUCUGACCUGUACUAUGAAGAAAAGCUUUAAGGGGAAAUUGAUAUACAGAUAUAAGAAUAACCUUCCAUCUUAUUUUAAUAUUUGUCACAUGUUGUAACGGACUGGCCUACCUUACAAGGUUGGUGUAAAAGCAGUAAACAGCCCUAGCUUGGAAAAGCGAAGGAGAGCAGAUGGGUGGAGCAAUCAGGCAGCUUCAUAGCUGGAAGUGUGGUCUGACUGGCUGAUGAAAUUGGAGGGAAUUGGAGGCAACUGAAGAUGGGCAGAGCCAAAGGGAAAAGAAGGAGCUAAGGCAGCCAAGGAAGAAGGAGAGCGGAAAGUAGUAGGCCUCUAUAGUGUUAGAGAGCUGAUGUGGAGAGAGACUUCAAAGGGUUCACAAUAACCUGUUUGCAUUCCUGUGUGUGGAACAUUGCUUUUAAGGAACUUAAGUUAAAAGACCAUUCUCUGUAAAGCCUGUCAGUUUAUUGAACCAAUUACACAUCUUUACUGUUCAAGAACAAAAUAAACCACAAAUUCUUGUUUCAUUUCA